AUGAAUGUCAGGUGUGAACUGGAUUCCCUCCGAGCAUGGCUUGAGCGUGUUACACCUACAGAUUUCGUCGAGCAUUUGCCACAACUAGAUGUAAAACUCCACGACCUACUUGGGGUUGUCCGUCAUUCUGAUCUUGAAAUUUACUUUGCAGUAUGUGGACGCAUCUAUGACUUGACAGCCUCACUUAAAGUGCCAGUUAACGUUCUCUCAAAAUUUAACGAGAUAAGUACGCUAAUUUUCCGACUUAGCGUUGGCGAAGACUCGGAAAGCGCUACCGUAAACCUAUCCGACGAAUGCGCCUUACAUUUUAAUACUGCAAUUGAACGACUCCUCACAAAUCUACCUUAUUGUCCGCAAAUAUUCCUCCAACAGGACUCCAUGCCCAUUAUAGCUCAUACUUUCUCAAUGGUGCUCGGUGUGCUCCGCAAUCCCCAAGAUAAUACCGAUGGUGUCAGCUUUCUGAUCGAAAGUGGCGACUGUCUGGAGAGUCUCUGUCGCACCCUGGUCCGCUUUCUUACUUUUGACCUUGACGGCAUGCGAGUAAGCGACCAGUUCUCUGUCGAACUCGCGGAUCCCCCAUCAUCUGAAGUGGCGCCAGUCGUUCCAGUUAAUCUUUUUCAGAAAUUUUUCAAAUACUUUCGUCAACCGGCCAUUGUGUAUGACGCUGAACGCGUGGUCAUAGCCCUGACGUCAACAUGUAAGUUUCUGCGCCUGCAACAACAAACCUUUAGGUGCCAACUUUGA